UAUACUGUAAACGGCAGAUCACGCAUUGAUCACGACACGAUAAGCGUGACUCUAUUACGCCAUUAGGUCGAAUGAUUUUUACAGGUGUCUUUGCAACAAAAGCAGAUGGGCUUCGUUUAAAGUCGAUUUCAUCAGUUCUUUUUUUCUUCUUGCUCAGCCCCGAUAAAUACCAUUAAGUUUUCCGCAUAACGCGCAGCAAUCACGACUUCCAAAAUGGACAACAAUGACCAGCUGAGCCCGUUCCACACACUGCCAGUGGAAAUUGUAUCCCGCAUCACCGCUUACCUGGAUGUGAUUGACCUGAUCAAAUUUUCAACUGUCUGCAAGCGUUGGGAGCGGAUCGUUGCGCGGGAGCAGCAUCGAGCGACGGUGAUAGUCGAUUUGCGUAACUGGAUUAAAUUUGGCUGUAAUGGUCCGAACCAUAAAAAGGCCCAGUUGGUGCUGAAGCGCUUUGUAACGCGAUCCACUCGGCAGUUGAUCGUGCGCUGGCCAUUCGACAGCAGUCCACCAGAAGCGGAUUUUGCCACAGUAAUUCCUGACGAGUCAGACCUCUACUUAAACUACGACACGGAUGGUAUGGCACAGUACACGUACAGCUACCACUACAGAGGCCCUUGUCCAGACAGCAUUGAUGGAAUUACGACGACUCUGUAUCAAAUCCACCGCGGAGCCGACAACAGCAACAAGUCAGCGGAAUUAUCUCACCUAACGCUGAUACUACAGAACCUCAAGUUGUACGCUAACGGGUUGUGGUGUUCAUAUUUCAUGCAGGCUUUUCGUUUUCAAAAUGUACAGUUAAACUGCCAUUUGUCGCCAUUCUCAUACGCCUGCAUGGAAAAGCCAAUUGUGCUACGAAUCCAUGUUGUCGAUGACGCCAUUAGGCCCCAUGAUAUUUGGUCCCAUGAACGAGACGAGGUGCCACUCAAACCGGGAGUCGUUUGGCCACAGGACCGGAUCCGACAAUUCGGGUGCAGCGCGCAUUUGGAGCUGUUUGGUAGUUUGAUACGCGACCCUCUUUCGUCGCAGGAAUGCAGGAUUAUGGACAGCCUGCUGCGGUCAGAUAUCCCGUUCCAAAGCGAUCACUGCUGGCAUAAGCACUGGAAUGUGGAUUCGCGGACACCCAGUCUUGCUGCAACAGGGAUAACUAUGGAUCAAGUAAACAAAUAUCCUCGCUGGCAGCAGUAUCUUCUCCGAGACCUUUUGCAGAACUAUCCGUACAAAUCCAGUGAGAACGGUCCUGCCAUCACGCGAACGGAAAGCGCUGUGACGCGAGUUUACGAGCCAUUCGUAUUCGAGUAUGAGCAACCACGUGGAUCGGUCCCGGCCGUUACUAGGGGCAGGGGCAGUACUGUAGAGCCGCCGUUAUGGUGAUCUACCAGUUUACAGUGUGUGUUAGCGCAAUGCUUCUUUUGCGUGCUCGUAAGCACAACAAUUCUUUUUGUGUUUAUUUCAAUACUGAAUCAUUGGCUGCGACCGCCAAUACGCCAGCGAUCGUGCUGGUGGAAAAUAUGUAGCUACUGAAAUGUUUCUUCUUUUCGUCGUACGAGACCGUGUCGAAAACGAGUGACCCAUAUAACCGCUAAAAUCGAUAAACAGUGGCUUGA